UUUGACGAAGAGAAAGUACCUUUCGUUUGUUUAAACUUGCAAAACUAAGCUUACUCCUAUUUUAAGCAAAAAUUUCUCAUUCCCGUUAGUUCCUGUUCCAUCUGAUGUAAUUUCCUGUUGGCACAAAUAAACAUGUCAAUGCCAAAAAUUAUUUUUAAUUUGGCACAGAAACAUGCUUGCCCCAUUAUUAAGUACAAUAAAGAUUCUCUUACUGUGCCAUAAUAGUUAAAGAAGUCUAACUUGUAAUAAGCGUAUCUUAUAGUAGAGUGUACGUGUUUGUUGGGUCUGUCUCUUGGAAGUUAUACACCUUUUCCAAAAAAAAUCUGUCAUAAGAGCCUGCUAAUUGUGUAGGACAUAGAAUCUCCAGAUGUGUGACGAUGAGUUCAAAAUAUCGUCAGAACUUCAUCUACGAAGCGAAGUGGACCGUACUGCCAAUCCUUCAUUGUCACAAGAAAAUGUGGUCACAAGAUUCACCUUCAGACUGUCAAAAGAUCUGUCAUUCAUUGAAGGACAUAAAGAUGCAGAGGUGGACGAAGACGGUGACUUCAUUUUACAAAGGCGGGAUAGCACAUCACAAGAUGGCUUUUUAUUAAUUGAACAGAAAUCAUCAACACCAUUGGAACUAGUCGGCCUACAAGUGUGGCGAGGUGCCCUACUGCUGUCCGAUUUUCUCCUGCACAAUGCCAAAACUUUGUUGAGUGGACACACAGUGCUGGAGUUGGGAGCUGGAGCUGGUCUCUCAAGUAUUGUGGCAGCCAUGUUUGCCCAUGAAGUUGUAUCUACAGAUAUUGACACAGAAGAAAUCCUUGAAUUAAUAUGGGCUAACAAAGAGCGCAACAAGAAAUGGAUAAAAUCAAAAUUUUCUGUUAUGGGAUUUGAUUUUUUUGCUAAGAAAUGGAGUAGUGAACUGGAAGAAAAAUUAAGAGAAGUGACAACCAUUUUGGCAGCUGAUGUAAUUUAUGACAAUGAUUUGACAGAAGCGUUUGUUGACUCUCUUGCUAAGCUCUUGGUAGUUCCACCAGCAAAGACUGUGUAUGUGGCUCUAGAGAAAAGAUUUGUGUUCACCGUGGCUGAUCUGGACUGUGUAGCACCAUGCUAUGAACACUUUCUGCAAUGCUUAUCAAACAUUCAGCGUAAGCCUCCUGGUUCUAACUGGACUGUGGAGCAACUGGCUAUAGAUUUUCCUCAAUAUUUUAAUUAUGAACGUGUUAAAGAACUUGUAUUGUGGAAAAUAAGCUCAUAGGAAAUAUUUGUUGUAUCAUAGAGUAGUUCAGCUUUUCUGACAAAGAUGAAUGAAACACAGAUGAAUACUGAACAGCACAACACACGCACACACCUAAUGGAGUCACUUUAAAGGUGUAAUAAGAUGUUAUACUGACCAGUAACCUGCCUGUAUCUACUGGUGUAUUCAGCAUUUUUGAAAUAUAUUCUUUGUUCUUGAAUGCUCAGAGUGAAGUUGAAGUAAUGAAAUACCAGAUGGUACAGGAUUUGGAGGUAGCAAAAAUAAUGAGAAAAUUUAACAACACAAAAUUGGACAGUUGGAAACUUUAUUUGUUUCUAUAGAGAUUAUGAUGCUGUGGAUGUGAUUCAGAGAACAUACAUUUUGAUCAGAAUUCAUGUUUUACCACACCAUUCUGCAGUUAGAUUAAAAAUACAUAUUAUGUGGCAUUUCUAAAGACUCGUAAUAGAAGAUGUAUUAGGUAUGUGUAAAUUGUUCAGUUGUUUUCUCAGAAUUAUAGUGAAGCCUUCUUUGCUCUCUGUACUCAAAAUCAGGUAAAGCACAAACCUAAAGCACAUACUUGAUAUAUCAGAGAUUUGCAUUCUGUAAUUGUAAGAAUAGACUUUGCAGAUAAAUAAGAGUUACUGCAUUUGGAAAAAUGUAGGCUAACUUUAUUAUUCAACGUGGUUUUUCUUUUCAGUAUAACAGUGACAGGUUACUUGGGCAAACAAAGCAAUCAGGUUUACAAAGUUUUGCCAUGUGCAUGUUUCUUUCCUCCAGCACUCCAAAUGCAAGAUCUUGCUCUUUAGUUCGAACUUGCCUCCCACAGCUCUCUUAAAUUAUCUUGCACUAAUCUCUUCUGUGCGUAUCUAUUUCCUAUGUUCCUCUAAUCUACAUCUUCUCACUAUCCUCCCCUGGUAGCUGAGUGGUCAGCAUGACAGAGUGUCAAUCCUAAGGGCCCAGGUUCGAUUCCUGGGUGGGUCGCAGAUUUUCUUCACUCAGGAACUGGGUGUUGUGUUGGCCUAGUCAUCAUCAUUUCAUCCCCAUCGAUGCGCAAGUCACCGAAGUGGCAUCAAAUCAAAAGACUUGCACAGGGCGAAUAGUCUACCCGACGGGAGGCCCUAGUCAUAAAACAUUUACAUUUUUACAUCUCCUCACUUCCUUCUCUCCUACUCACUUGAAAUUUCACAUACUACUCCAUGCAUUCACUUACAUGUUUGUUCUGUACUUUCUCUUUCCUUCAUUUGACUUCCUCUCUCAAUUUAUUUUUGGUCAUUACGUCUUUUUUGACAAAUGCUAAAGUAGUUUCUGCCUUGUGUCAUCAUUUCUGUGCUAUCUUCUCUUUAUAAGCAUUGUGUUAACCUCUUGGUGUAGUUGCCAUUGUUGGGUAUCUGAAUACCUUGUCUUUAUCCAUACAAGAUUUUAAAAUCUCCAGUUGCUUUGCCCCCAUCUUCUUCCUAGCACCAGAAGAACAGAUUUCUUUCCAGACGACUGACUUGUGUAUAGUUUUAAUGUAAUUAUUACCCCUUUUUUUGUAUCAAUUAAACAAUAUAGAUAUUUUAUCAACUUUUAUCAUGAUUUGCAUGAAAGAUUUUCACCUGUUUCUCACUUCCUUUGCCUUCUCCUAGUUAAGUUCCACAGUAUAAAGAGGAAUGGAUCAUAAGUAAUCAAAUCCAUUAUGGAUAGCACUGUGAUCAUAUAUAUGUUGCUACACUUGUCAGAUUUUCUUCUAGUUUACAGUUGUUUUAAGAUUCAUUAACAGUAGCUCUUCAGCUUACCAACCUAUUUCUGUAAAUACAUUGCAGUCAUGCUCCUAGCUAUCUGGCUGGCAUAUUCAAUACAAAUCCUUCACAUACUACGCUUUCCUUCCAUUGUGCUUUUUAAUAUUGUGAUCCUAUGUCUCAGGACAUUCUCCAUCAAGACAUGCUUUCUUCUUUUUGUGGUGUUGCACAAUUCUGGUAUGUUAAUGACUUUUUGUAUGACUGCUUGUUUGGUUUUCUCCUCUCUGUCCAUGUUAUUCUUAACCAUUUCCUAUAGCUUUCAACAGACUACUUCAAUUUAUAUUUUCAGUAUAUCUCAUUGUAUAUGUCAAAAAUAUGUUUCAGACUAUAGUCGUCAUCAAUUGCUUUUCCAGUGUCAGUUUGACAUCAUUUGAUGUGGAGAGGCCUUUUCUGUUGUAAAAUGUUGCCUGCUGGUAACUUAUCCAUACUUCAUAAGCAGUUGAUAUUCCAACAUUUCGUCUGGUAUUCUUAUUCAACAAAUAAUCAGCCUUAUUGCUGCACUUGUCACAACUUAUUGGUCUGUGUCUUGUUCAGUUUCAUAUUGAAGAGGGAUGGAAGAGUAAUUUUCAUGACUUCGAGUAUGAGUAUACUCUUUAUUCACUAUCGAGUGAGGUGGAACAGUGGUUAAGAAAAUGGAUUCAGGAUUUUUGUGAGUUCUCUCUGUCAUAUAAGGCAAAUGCUGGGAUGGUUUCUUUGAAAAGGCUUGGCUUCCUCACUCUUCCCCAAUCUGAGCUUGUGCUCCAUCUUCAAUGACUUCACUGUCAGUGGGACUGAUGCUGUUGUUGUCUUAAGUCCGAAGACUGGAUUGAUGCAGCUCUCCAUACUGCUCAAUCCUGUGUGAGCUGCUUUAUCUCUUGAGUAACUCCUGUAACCUACAUCCUUCUGAAUCUACUUACUGUAUUCAUCUUAUGGUAUCCGUGUAUGAUUUUUACCUCCCACACUUCAAUGGGGUAUUAAAUCUUAUUCUUAAUUCCUUGUUGUUGUUGUCGUCUUCAGUCCUGAGACUGGUUUGAUGCAGCUCUCCAUGCUACUCUAUCCUGUGCAAGCUUCUUCAUCUCCCUGUACUUACUGCAACCUACAUCCUUCUGAAUCUGCUUAGUGUAUUCAUCUCUUGGUCUCCCUCUAUGAUUUUUACCCUCAACGCUGCCCUCUAAUGCUAAAUUUGUGAUCCCUUGAUGUCUCAGAACAUGUCCUACCAACCGGUCCCUUCUUCUUGUCAAGUUGUGCCACAAACUCCUCUUCUCCCCAAUUCUAUUCAAUAGAAUUCCUUAUAAUUAUAUUUAUUUUAAGUCAUUAGCUGCACUACAAAUUGCAUAAUAUCCACAUUUUUGUCUUAAUCUUAGUUUCUUUUCACUCAUUCUUUCAACACUGAACAAAAUGAAUGACAGUUAACAUCUGCUGUCAGAUCUCCAUUUCCUCGCUGUAGCAACUUCUCUUUAUAAUAAUUUAACAACACCCUUCUAUCUUUGUAAUUAAAAAUACUGAGAAUACUUGGCAGAGAGGUGAUGGAUGAUACCAGGUGGCACAGAGAGAGGCCAAGAAAGAUGAUGCAGAAACAGUGUAACUAAACGUGAAUUUAAUCAAGAUUCGCAUAUACCAAUGCCUAGAAAGGUAGGAGUGCUACUGGAAAAUUCCAAGAAGUUUAUCUUCAUUCAUACCACAGAAGACUUUUUCACUUUAAGUUGAUAAGACAAUGAAGCACUGAAAGAAAAGUGCACAACUCGGGUAACAAUGAACAUCAGUUAUUAAGUUUUGCAGUUGAUAUUUAAUGUUGGCCCAUACGUAAAGAGGAUAUAAAAGAAUUAUUAAAUGGAUUUAACAGAUUACAUAGCAAAAAAUCUGGCAUGUUGUUAAAUAAAGAAAAAUAACAGUAGCAGGAAAAAAUUAUAUAACUUUCAAGGAAGCAAAAUUGAAAAAUUGCAGCAGAACAUAUGAACUUAAUACUACUAUAACUAUCAAGCAAAUUACUCUAGCUCAGUUAAAUGGUAGAACAGACCCAUACAAUGGAAGAAAGGUUCUUUACUGAGAAGUUAUAUUGGGCCAAACCUAUGACAUGGAUCAAGAAGGAGAGCCGAAGUGUUCAAAUGUCAGAUAUAGACAGUACUAAAAUUUAAAAUAGCAGCUACCAGAUGCAUUUUGUGUGUGGUUUUCCAGAAGGAAUUCCGGUUAAGUGUAUUUUAGGGUAAGUAAAGACAAGUCUAUGAGAAAACUUGUACCAUUUGAAAGGAGCACUAAAAGAGAGAAAUAUGGAGCACGAAAUUGUGAAAGAAAACAAAAGUAAAUGUCAGGAGACUGGGUGAAACCAGAAAGAGAAUUGAAGUGCCAUCUAAGAGGUCAAUAGACUAUUGGAUCAGCAAAAAUAGUAAUGUUUCACAAUGUUCUUUUUCAUUUUGAUUACAUAGUAACAUUUAGUCCCCAUUGGCUGUCAUUAUUGAUUCUUUCCAGCUCGCCACUGAAUGCCAGCACAGUUCUGUAACAACAGUUCCUCAUCAUCAGUGAGACACUGAACAUAAAAUAUGGAUUUUUUUCUGAUUUAACAUCUACUGUUCUUGACUUGCUGUUGGUUUCACAUUUUGCCUCCGUUUUAAACAACUCCGUGAUAUUGUAUGUUGAAACAUUUGUAUGCCUUAAAAAAAAAAUCCUUUUGUCAUAAAUGUUUUGAAGUGAUCUUAGCUUGUAUUGUGUGUAAUGUGGUGUGCCUUAAUGAAUUUUUUUGUUUAGUAUUGAUGCUGAUUGUUUAAUGGAGUGUUUUCCAAAUCAUACUCAUUUCUCACUAAAAUGACAGAAAAUGAUGUGUUGAGUGCUUGAGCUCUGAAUAGAAUUGCUUUCAACUCUGGAUACUGCUUAAUAUGUACCAUAUGUUGCAAUUCAUUUGAAAUACUAACUCUAUCUAAAUUUCAACUGUUAUGUGGAAUUUGAUAAACAUAUUUAAAUCAUUGCAGAUAGAUUACAUAAUUUUCAUAUAAUCUACUUUUUCAUAUUGAGUGUGUGUGUGUCUAUUACGAGAGAAACAUCACAAAAGUUGCAACUUACAGUGUUGGUCAUGAUAAAGACAGGACUACAAAUCAGUCAUGUCAUAUGAAAUGUGUAUAGUACAAUAAGGAAAACAGUAUUAUACAAGCAUCUGCAUUUUGCUUUAAGACAGAGUUUUAUUAAUCUGUAUGAUCUGUACAACACUAUUUUUGUAUAAUUUGCUGAAAAAGAGCUGUUUAACAAUUUGUUUUGUUAAAGCUAGCUGGUCUAGCUUUUGAAAUAUAUUUAUUUUUGUACAUUAUUGUAUGUAAGUAUACUCUGUCAUGUUAAUAAUGUCAAAUAAUAGACAUAAUAAGAAAAGUUUCAAACUUGCUUCACAUCAGUCCAUACCUGGAGUUCAAAGAUGUUUUACAAGUUACAGUCAGAAUACCUUUAUUGAAAUCCUAACAUCCUGUACUAUUUACAGAUGUCAUGUGACACCUAAUGUACAUCAUUAAUGUAGUAAGCUGUAAAAAUGUCAUACACCAACCAUAAUUUGACUUCUUCACACACCACUCCUCCUCUCCCACACAAAACUGCUACUAUGUUAAUGGAACAUGCUGUUUAAAGAAACAGAGAAAUGGAAGAGAAGCCAAAGAACACAAAAUACUUUUAGUACAAGCUUGUUUGUUAGAUGAGUGCAGAAAGUUUCUAGCUGUAUCAGUAUCAUUUUGCAUGUCCUUCACCAAGAUUAUUUGUAAUUCGUUCAAAUACAGGUGCGUUGUCUGCUGCCUGUUGGCUACAGCAUGUCCCUCGUACUGCUCUAACCAUUUAAGGAUGACAGUUAAAUUUAUAUGUGUAAGGAGUCACGACCAAUCUAUGUUUACCCCAUCAACAUGAUGAUUCCUUCAGUACCAUGUGCUGUCUUAUGAAAUUUGGAAGCCACUUUUACUCCUACUAUGGAGCAGAAGGUUUUUGGCUACAGAUUUAUUGGUAAUGGUGUCACAGUUGGUGUUACUCGAAUAUCGAAGGCAAUAUAAUACCACUUCACUACCUCCUCUGAAGAUGCUUUACCUAUAUGGGAGACCAAUCUCAGCCCUGCUUUCCAGUUUGCCUGUAAGAGUGACUUGAACACAAUACCUUUGAUUCUAUCCAGAGGAAGCUACAGAAGUAUGCCUUUCAAUUAACUGUUUUGACAUCUUAAUGGCAAAUUAGGAUAGUUCAGCAUUCUGAAACAUUUACCCCAUAGUAGCGUGAAACCCAUUAUGAGCACGCAGUUGAGGCUAAUGGAGGGGAGGUGGGGCACAGUGCAUCGAAGUGUGUGAUUGCACAUUCUUCAUCAUUUCACUGCCCCUGAUGUUUUUACGUACUUAAGUGAGAUACUACCAUCAGGCUUCUGACUGUGAACUAAACUAUACUUACUGUUCACUGCCACAGCCAUAUAAUACUCUGUGUAUGCCUUGUGUGUGCACUCUUAGGAUGGCCAAGAAAUACACUACUGGCCAUUAAAAUUGCUACACCAAGAAGAAAUGCAGAUGAUAAACGGGUAUUCAUUGGACAAAUAUAUUAUACUAGAACUGACAUGUGAUUACAUUUUCACGCAAUUUGGGUACAUAGAUCCUGAGAAAUCAGUACCCAGAACAACCACCUCUGGCUGUAAUAACGACCUUGAUACACCUGGGCAUUGAGUCAAACAGAGCUUGGAUGGCGUGUACAGGUACAGCUGCCCAUGCAUCUUCAACAUGAUACCACAAUUCAUCAAGAGUAGUGACUGGCGUAUUGUGACGAGCCAGUUGCUCGGCCACCAUUAACCAGAUGUUUUCAAUCGGUGAGAGAUCUGGAGAAUGUGCUAGCCAGGGCAGCAGUCGAACAUUUUCUGUAUCCAGAAAGGGCCGUACAGGACCUGCAACAUGUGGUCCUGAAUUAUCAUGCUGAAAUGUAGGGUUUCGCAGGGAUCGAAUGAAGAGUAGAGCCACGGGUUGUAACACAUCUGAAAUGUAAGUCCACUGUUCAAAGUGCCGUCAAUGCGAACAAGAGGAGACCGGGACGUGUAACCAAGGGCACCCCAUACUAUCACGCUGGGUGAUACGCCAGUAUGGCGAUGACGAAUACACUCUUCCAAUAUGCGUUCGCUGUGAUGUCGCCAAACAUGGAUGCGACCAUCAUGAUGCUGUAAACAGAACCUGGAUUCAUCCAAAAAAAUGAUAUUUUGCCAUUCGUGCACCCAGGUUCGUCGUUGAGUAAACCAUCGCAGGUGUUCCUGUGUGUGAUGCAGUGUCAAGGGUAACCGCACCCAUGGUCUCCGAGCUGAUAGUCCAUGCUGCUGCAAACGUCAUUGAACUGUUCAUGCAUAUGGUUGUCACCUUGCAAAUUUCCCCAUCUGUUGACUCAGGGAUCGAGACGUGGCUGCACGAUCUAUUACAGUCAUGCGGACAAGAUGCCUGUCAUCUCGACUGCUAGUGAUACGAGGCCUUUGGGAUCCAGCACGGCGUUCCGUAUUACCCUCCUGAACCCACCGAUUCCAUAUUCUGCUAACAGUCAUUGGGUCUCGACCAACACAAGCAGCAAUGUCGUGAUACAGUAAACUGCAAUCGCGAUAGGCUACAAUCGGACCUUUAUCAAAGUCGGAAACGUGAUGGUACGCAUUUCUCCUCCUUACACAAGGCAUCACAACAACGUUUCACCAGGCAACGCCGGUCAACUGCUGUUUCUGUAUGAGAAAUCGGUUGGAAACUUUCCUCAUGUCAGCACGUUGUAGGUGUUGCCAUCGAUGCCAACUUUGUGUGAAUGCUCUGAAAAGCUAAUCAUUUGCAUAUCACAGCAUCUUCUUCCUGUCAGUUAAAUUUCGCGUCUGUAGCACGUCAUCUUCAUGGUGUAGCAAUUUUAAUGGCCAGUAGUGUAUAUCUAACCAUUAUCCCAAUAGAGGACAGUUGUAGCCUGAAGAUAGGAAUGUACUUUUUGUGUUAAGUUGCUACAAACAAGUGGCAGCAUAGUUUUUGUGGUCAUUGUUGUCAAAUACCACAGAAGAAAAGUGACUUACAAGCUAUUUAAAAAAUAAAAUACAGAGAUGUAGACACACUUGAUAUGCUCAUUGGCGGUUACGACUUCUUGUUAUGUUGUUGAUGUUUUUCAGCCUGUCAGAGGUUUGCUGAGAAUUACACCAGUUUUGUAAAAGAAAGAAGUAAUGAAUAAACUUUUUGUUUUGUUUUGAAA